AUGAGACUUUAUCUCCUCCUCACUUACCUCAGCAUGGUUUGGGCGCUGCCUGGUACUCUUGCCAAUCCCACUCACACGGUUGGCCUUGAACCUCGCACGGGUCCCACGACGAGCUGCGGUAUCUGGGUCACCGGCUCCCGAUCUUCAGCCCAGAACCUCCAGAGCCAGCUCGCCGAAUGCUCCAGUAACCUAUGGGGCACAUCCUUCACUGUUCCUGGCAAGAGGGUCGAUGCGAGCUCCUCUCCAUGCAUAGGACUGGCAUGUGAUCCCAAGACCCAGACUCAAUUCAUGAAUGCCCUAAUCAAACAAAAUGUUUUCGAUGUUAAUACUGUACAGGACAAUAUUGGGCAGCUCGUGACAAAGAACUGCACCGACAUCGCCCACUCGGCUCAACAGCUUCUCGAUGACUGUUGCACUGACCACUCUAGCGAUGGUAUUUCGGGGCAAUACGCUUUUGGCGACGGUACCAACAUCAAUGUGGUCUACUCGUGGUCGUGUCAUACGGAUGAGACACCGAGCGACCCUUGCCCAACAGCGGGCACACACUGCCCCACCAACCUGCCCCAGUGUAAAGACUGA